ACCCUGCCACAUCAGUAUAUACAUAUAUCAUAAAGUAUUCACAAAAUAUCAAAAAUCACAAACUCUGAAGAUGGCUCCAAUAGUGGCGCCUGAAGUUGACAUGUUAACAGUGUCGAAGAGCUCAGUGAAUCAACGCAAGGCCAUUCUGGGAUUCGCUCCACGAAUCGGACUCUCGUUUGUGGACUACGGUGACUUGGAUCGGAUAGACAGCUUCUAUUUGGAGUCCCAGAAGUAUCGCGACUACUAUCGGGAUCCGUACAACAAGUUGCAUAAGCCGGACCGGUUCCGCCUCCACCAAGGCAAAUGCGGCAUUAAGCUGGAUGAUAGCGUGCAAAUGCUUCUAAAGCCAAUAAACUGGGUCACAGAACGCCAACCUGUGGUGUUCCCCACUAACUAUACCUCUGAUAUGGAUUUGGACCGGGGUGUCGAGUUAUUUGGUUGCUAUGACAAAAACUCUUGCAUUCGAUUCAAGCGCUGAGAGAGAGGCCCAAUGUGUAUUCUCACCUUCAAUGCAAAUUUAUUAUUUCCGCUUUACAUAUUAGAUCUCAACAAAUUCUCGGUCCCAUACGAAUGUACAGCUAAAAUGGUUAAAAUUUAAGUUUGCUAAAAGCUUCUGAACAUGAUAUUAAAAAUGCUCAAUUCAUUGCAUUCUCUA